AUGAAUACACUUCUUUUGUUGGAUGUGUUGUUUAUGAAUUUCAACAUGAGAAAUUUUACUUUGAAAAGCCUCCUUGUAGCCCUUACAAUAUUUGUCAUCUUCGUUAAUGAUGGCUCUAAUGCUAAUACGGGGUUCAUUGAAGCAACGUUUAAAAAAAAUGAUCACGAUAAAGAAUUAGUAUCCCGGCAACAAACGACAUUAGAAUGUAUUGGAUACUUUAACGAUGACCAAAUUAACAAAGCUUAUAUAGACCUUGAUAUUGAUGGGAUUAUUAUACCUGAAAAUGCAAUUUAUGCGACAUUAACUGUAGAAUGUAACAGUUGA